GAGCUGAGCUUAGAUGACCUCACCAGGGCCCCGCGGUCCCACUGGGACAGACCCACUCAGUGCCCUGGAUCGGAGCCCCCUGAGCUUACAAUGGCAGGUCCAAGACGAGAUGCCCUUCGUGAAAUACCCCCGAAGAGUUGAACCCCUUUGGUACGAAUGGGAUCGCAAGGCGCAGAAAUGCGGGUUGAGGCACACGGUUUACGCCGUCAACGGAGACCGCUACGUUGGGGAAUGGCUGGACAACGUCAAACACGGGCUACGGAGUUAAGUUCUACUCCGAGGGAGAGUACUACGAGGGCGAAUGGGCCUGGGGGAAGAGACACGGCUGGGGGAGGAUGUACUACAAAGACGGCGCCAUCUACGAAGGCCAGUGGUCCGAAGACAAGCCCGGCGGUCAAGGGAUGUUCCGAUGUA